AUGCGCUUAACAGCAGCUAAGAGAGUGGUGGUUGUACUGAUACAGAUAUUCUCCAGAUAUGGAUUUCCAUUUGCUCUCAAAUCUGACAACAGUCCUCAAUUUUGCUGUGAGGAGUUUGAGAAGUUUCUCUCUGAUCACGGAAUCGAACACUUAACAUCUCCACCGCUCUGGCCACAGGCCAAUGGACAUGUCGAAAGACAGAAUAGAAUUCUGCUUAAGUCUUUGAAAGUUGCGCAUGUCGAGGGAAAGAACUGGCGUGAAGAACUGCAGAAGUUUUCGUCAGCAUAUAGAACCACACCACAAACAAGCACUGGUGUUACUGCGUUCCUUAUGUUUGGCAGAGAGUUGAAAACAAAACUUCCAGAGUUAAGGUGCGCUGGUAACCUGUUGGACGAGGGGGUCAGAGAUCAGGAUUGGAAUCACAAGUUGAUCCACAAGGAACAUGCUGACAACAAGUGA